CAGGUGAAGUCGGUGAGCCACGACCUGGAGCAGCUGAACCGCCUGCUGCACAUGGUGAAGAGCCUGGUGCAGAACCCCUUCCUGUACCUGGGCUCCUACGUGCGCAGCCUGGUGUCCAGCAUCAUGUACUGCAUCCUGGAGCCCCUGGCCGCCUCCAUCAACCCCCUCAACGACCACUGGACCCUGCGCGACUACGCCGCCCUGCUGCUCAGCCACAUCUUCUGGACCCACGGUGACCUGGUGAGCGGGCUGUACCACCAGAUCCUGCUGUCCCUGCAGAAGGUGCUGUCGGACCCCGUGCGGCCCCUGUGCUCCCACUACGGCGCCGUGGUGGGCCUGCACGCCCUGGGCUGGAAGGCUGUGGAGCGAGUGCUCUAUCCCCACCUGCCCGCCUACUGGUCCAACCUGCAGGCCGUGCUGGACGACUACUCCGUGUCCAACGCCCAGGUCAAGGCCGACGGCCACAAGGUCUACGGGGCCAUCCUGGUGGCGGUGGAGAGGCUGUUGAAGAUGAAGGCCCGGUCUCUCUCGGCGGCCCCGGGCGAGACCGGGGGGGGCCUGGGGGGCGGCUCCGCGGGCAGGGUGGGCCGGGAGAGCUCCCCGGGGCUCAGCCCCCCCCCCGAGCCCCUCUCCGAACCCGUCCGGCUCUCGCCGCCGGCCCUGCAACUGGCACGCCGCCAGGGGGCGCCGGUGUCCCGCUCCGCCCGAGCGCCGCCGGUGGGAGAUCUCCAGAGCCAGCGUGUCGCUCGGCGUCUCGCGGACCGCAGAACUGGACUGGAGCAGCUCCGUUUCAGAGCGAGGAAGAAGAACUUGCGGUGGAAGACCCGGAUGUGA